AUUAAACGCGAAACCGCUCCCCAUCCGGCAACACCGCGAUAUGUGUUGGAAGCGGCGACUGGCGGGAGACAGUUGGCCGACGCAAAUCUGAAAUGAAUCGUCAAAUAUCUCAAGAUGGAAGAAGGAAAAGCUAUCUACCUCAAGACAUGGCAGAGGCAAUGCUCAAGGUCCAAGAGGGGCUCUUGGCUAUUCCUCAGGCGGCCCAGUUGCAUGGUGUACCCAGGUCGUCACUGUGGUACAACCUAAAAAAAAAUCGCCACUCUCCCCCUGCAACCAAAGAGGGCACAAAUACCCCUAAAGAGCAGAGGACUGUAAAUAAAAUGACUGUAGGAAUAAAGUCUCCACCUGGCUUCGAGAUGAGCCAGCCGUUGAAUUGUUGCUUUUGUGGCCGUGGGGAUGAGAACGAGGUGGAGUUUGGGAAGAUCUAUACGAUUGAUGAUGUGUCGGUGCAUUAUUAUUGCCUGCUGUUCUCCAGUGGAUUGGCACAAAAUGGCGAAGAUGAUGAAGGAGUCCUAGGUUUCUUAGCGGAGGACAUAGUGAAAGAAGUCCAGAGGGGACGGAAAUUGUCUUGUUGUUAUUGUCUUCGAAAAGGAGCAACGAUUGGCUGCUACAAUAAGAAAUGUCGAAGAACAUACCACUACCCAUGUGGAAUAAAACAAAAUGCUCUCUGUAAAUUUUCUAAUGAUUUCAGAUCAUACUGCUCCCACCAUCGUGAAUAUCAGAAGGGCUUUGGGUCUGGAGAGGAAUUGGAAUGUCCGAUAUGCAUGGAAGAGCUGAUUGCCAAUCCCAAUCAGGCCAUCUGGGCUCCAUGUUGCAAGAGAAAAACAUGGUUUCAUAAACUGUGUCUGCAAAGGUUGGCUUUGAGUGCAGGCUACUUCUUCAAGUGUCCCUUAUGUAAUGACAAGGAUGUGUUCCAACUGGAGAUGCAAAAUCUUGGCAUUUUUGUCCCAGAGAAAGAUGCAAGUUGGGAGCUGGAACCAAAUGCCUUCAGCGAGCUUCUUGAGAGACCAAUCCACUGUGAUGCCCCGAAGUGCAAGUGCCCAGAUGGAAGGAAGACGGAUGUGGAAGGAACGAGAUGGGAAGUGCUGCUGUGUAAUCUCUGCGGCUCAACAGGUGUUCAUAUACAGUGUGGUGCUCUGCCCUUUGUCUGCACUGAAUGGAACUGUCCAACAUGUGUAAACAUGUUGUCUGAGAGCUUUAAGAGAACACAACAAGAGGAAAGGCAACGACGACUGAAUGAAAGGAAAAGCAAAAUUUCUGACUGUGAGGAUCUUGCAUCUGAUAACCUUCAGGGCUGUUCCUCCUCUGCUGCUUCUGGUUCUGUUGCCAUGGAUGUCCUAGAGAACAGAGAGACCCUCACUCCAGGCAAGAGAAAGAGAGAGGAUGUGGAAACUGGAAUGGAAACCCCACCAAAGAUGCGGCACUUGGAGGGCAUGGAAUGCUUUUCGAAAAUUACGUAUGCCAGUGAUUCUGAUGAGGAGAUUGACGUUGAGUCGGGGGAAUACCAGGUUCCUCCUCAUACCAAUAUUAGAGAGCUUGAAGAACUUGGGGAGGAACUGCCAAAAAAAUUGAGAAAGCUCAAAAAUUAUGCCUUGUGGGCUCAGGAAAGGAUGCAAGAAUUGCGUUUAACAGAGGCUGACAUUGUUAGAAUAGCCAAGGAGGCUGCACACUCGAAAGAUAUUGCACUUGAUAAAUCUCAGGUGACAAGAUUUUUCAGGUACAAAUUGCCUUUGGAGAAAAUGUUACCAGUAGCAGAAUUGAUCAGAAAGGUCUUUGCUUAUAGAGAAGCCAUGGUCCUGGAAGCACAGACUUCAUCUGCUGGUAAAAAGAAGGGUGGUACUUCCACUCCCUCCAGGAGAGGGAGGAGAAAAUCAGGAACUCCGACCAUAAAGAUUCCACUGCUGAAGACAGCAAUUUCCCAGUCUUUGAUUACCACAGGAAUAUCGCCCAGUCGGAAGGAAAAGCCUCUAGACAUGGAGACAGUAAACACAAACUUACCAGAGAGCUGGUCAAUGUACAGAGCCAGUAAAACAAUAGGCAAACUAACCUCAGGACUUGAUACUGAAACUGAUCCUGUGGACUUUAAGCCAGAUAGUAUAAUUGAAGCUCAGAGUGAGGGCAAAGUCAAAGAGAAGGUACCAGAAAGCAAAGCUGAUGUCAGUGUAACUAAAGAAGACGAGAAUCAUCAGGAAUCUGUGGAUAGGAAUCUCGGUGAGCGUGAAUCAGAAACAGAAAUGUCCUUGUUCUUGUCACCCUUGUCAUCUCAGGGAUCUAUGGGAAGCAAGUCUCACCUAACAGAAACACGAACGAAUAAAGAAAAUGAAGGCGUUAAUCAGGAUGACUUCCAGUCUUCACAAGCCCGUCGUAAGCUCUUAUUAAACUCCAACAAUCAGAUUGCAAAGGAGACCGCUGAAUCCUCGUUGCCAGGAGGAGGAGGAGGAACCACUAAUGAACUGCUUGGAGGGAACCCAUCUACGGAAAG